AUGAGAAAGAAUGACGAUGAAGAAAUUCAUAAUGAAAAUCAACAGAGUAAACGCCACAAAGCUGCAAUAGGUGAGCCGCAACCGCAAGAACAUGAAAAUCAACAAGAGAAUGAUAUUGCUGAAGCUACACAAUCAAAUCCUAAUGAAGUGGAUCUUAAGCAUCUAGAAAGAGAUCCCGCUAAGCGAAAACAAAUGUGGGAAUAUCCAGUUAAUUUAAGGGAACAAAGUAUUCUCCAACAACACAUGCUUCUUAUUGUUUUAUUUGUUAUAUAUUUAAUGAUAAACCAAGUGUGUGCCAUGGUUAUGAUGCGUUUAUUGUUAAAGGAUUUGACAAUUGGAAAAAAGUUAACGAUGGGAAAAAAAUGUGCAUUCUUGAAGCACAUUGGUUAUUCACAACAUAGAAAUGCUGUUACAUUUGCUGAAAACUUGAUGAACCAAGCAACACACAUUGAAAAUAUCAUAGUGAAGCAAAAUGAAGCACAAAUAUUGAAGAACCAUUUACGAUUAAAAUCUUCAAUUGACAUGGUUCGUUGGUUGACAUUCCAAGCUUGUGCUUUACCAGGACAUGAUCAAACGCCUAAUUCAAAAAUCGAGAAUGCUCCUUAUAAUUCAAAAUAUACUUCUGGAGAUAUUCAAAAAGAAAUUCUUAGUAUUAUUGCAAAUAAAGUUAGGAAGCAUAUUCGUAGUGAAGUCGGGGAUUCAUACUUUUGUGUCAUGGUUGAUGAGUCACGAGAUGAGUCUAAAAAAGAGCAAAUGGCCAUAGUUUUGAGAUUUGUUGAUGCAGAAGGGAUCAUACGGGAAAGGUUCUUGGAUUUGGUUCAUGUUAGGGAUACCUUAUCAUUAACCUUGAAAACAAAUAUGUGGAGACAACUUUUGCACUAUCAGUUUGAUGUUAGCAAAAUCCAUGACGAAGGUUAUGGUGGUGCUAGUAAUAUGAGAGGGGAAUGGAAUGGAUUACAGGCACUUGUUAUUAAGGAUUGUCCUUAUGCAUAUAAGCGUCAUGGUGAGUUACAAAAGGCAAAGGCAACUGAGAUUGAACAUUUAUUGGAACUUAGUGAAAUCGAAUCAGGAAUAAUUGAUGAUGUAUCUCCUAUUUAUUCUCAAUGUGGAGAUGCUGAUGCAGCUUACUGUUACCUGAAACCAUUUGAGUUUGUGUUUAUUCUUCACUUGAUGAAAGAAGUAAUGGGAAAAACUGAUAUACUUUCUCAAGCUCUACAAAAGAAACCCCAAGAUAUUCUUAAUGCCAUGGAGUUAGUUUAA